GGGAUUUCGGGAAGAGGAAGGAACACACUGGUGAGUGGACGCUGAAAGGUCUCGAAUCUCGAUCGGUGGGCCCAGGCGAGAUACCCAUCACGUGGGUCCAGGUGAGGAGAUGCUCCUAUUGGCUGUACGGGUGUUGCCAGCCAAUAGGAGGGGUUCGGAGCACGCUCCUGAUAUUGAGUGGGUUCUGGGUGCACCCCUCCACAGAUGGCAGCAUGGGAAAGUGAAAAAGGGAGAAGGAAAGGGCGAUCUGAGAUGCGGAAAGCGAAACCGAUUUGGUAGGACCUGAUAUCUACGGAGCAGGUAGGAACAUUGGCAGCUGGAAGGGGGGGGG